AUGGCUGCAUGCCUGGACUUACAAGUGGUCUUCCUCACUCAGCUGUACGAUUUCCAGUUCGAAGCGGAUGGAGAGUGUUUGGUGUUGCAGAGCUUCUUCUUGGAAGAGCCUCUGCAGAUGGUCUUCCAGAAGGCUGAGAUCAAGCCCGCUCGGCGCCCUCGUUCUCGUCGAGCUUCACAGUCGCAGGUCCUGGUGAAGGGUGACCCAGCGAGGGAAAGCAGAAGUUCAAUUAGUGAGGCAGACCUUCAUGAAAAGCUUUGGUCCGCCUUGCGACAUGGCGGCUGCGAUGGCUUUCUCGAGAUCCCGAAGACAAGGUUUGACGUAGACCAGUACAUAGACUACGAGGACCAGCAGAGAGCCAUGGCCUCCUUCAAGAGCUACUGCCGCCAUCAAGGGCACAUCGAAGGCAUCGAGAUUUUCGACGCGGCCUUUUUUAACAUCCCAGACCAGGAGGUGAGGGGCAUGGAUCCAGAGCAGCGGAUCUUCAUGGAAACGGGUUGGCUUGCCAUGAGUGAUGCCGGAUACGAGCGCGAGAAGGUGCGAAUCGAGUCUGCUCACCUGGGAGUCUUCGUGGGUAUCAGUGGCUCGGAAACUUGGAAAGAAGAAGAUUGGCGCGAUGUUUGCAGAGCGCCAUCGGCGAAUGGAGUUCCGGAGACCUUCAUUGCGAACCGUUUCUCCUACUCCAUCAACCUCAAGGGUCCGAGCUUCAUCGUGAACACCGCCUGUUCAGCUUCACUGGUCGCACUGCACUCCGCCAAGACGCACCUCCUAAUGCCCCAGGACCCUCUGGACGGCUGCCUCAUUGCUGGCAUUAGCUUGAACGUCUCGCCGGGGACAUGGGCUGGCAACUGCGCAGGUGCCAUGCUCUCCUUCCGUGGCCGCUGCUUCUCCUUCAACAACACGGCGGACGGCUAUGGUCGCGGCGAGGGCUGCGCCGCCGCAGUGAUCGCCCGCGGCGAGUACGACCGAGAUGACGACACAACCUGUGGCACACUUGCUGCUAGUCACAGCAACUCAGAUGGUCGCUCUGCCAGCCUCACAGCACCGAAUGGCCCAGCACAGCAGCGACUGCUGCGAGCUGCCCUGACCGAGGCGCGUCUUCAGUCCGCAGAUGUGGAUAUCUACGAAGCCCACGGCACGGGGACUUCCCUUGGAGACCCGAUCGAGGUGAGCGCUGUCCGCAAGGUUCUGACGCAAAGGGACGGCCCCGUGAUGAUUUCCUGCUCGAAGACCAACCUGGGGCACUUGGAGGGUGGUGCUGGGAUGUCCGCGUUCUGCAAGUGUGUCCUUGCCUGCAUGCAUGCGGAAGCUGCUCCCAACCAGCACCUCCGUGUGCAGAACCCGAACAUGGACACAGAAGGCUGGCCCGCGCUGCUACUUCAGGAGGCCCAGCCGCUGAAGGGUGAGGCCUCAUAUGUUGGCGUGAGCGGCUUUGGCUACGGUGGGACCAACAGUCAUGCGAUGGCGUUCGGCAAGAACGUUGUGACUUCACGCGGCGAGGGCCAGAAGAACUCUGCGGACGCCCUCAUCCGCCAAGUCCGUUGCGCCCCUCCGGAGAUCGCCAUGGUCGGAGACAACUUCGAAGACUGGCAAAGCAACGGCGUGCCACAUCUCUCGAUGAAGCCGGGGCAGUCGUACCAGGUUGAUGUCAUGGAAGGAGGCCGAACAUUCUGGUCCGAAGUUCCAUCGUCGAAGCCGAGAUCCAUCAACACCUUGUCCAUUCAAGGGUCCUUCAAUGGCUGGACUGCGCAGAGCAUGGUGGCCAGGGAGACCCGCGUGGGCUUGUACGAGUUCGAGCUGGUGCUGGGUGCGACUGGAAGCGAAAGCUUCCAGGUCCUGGUUGAUGGGCUCACCUCACAGGUGCUGCACCCCCCUGAGCCUCACUGCACCUGCCGCGUUGCGGCGGUCCAGGGCCCGCGCCACGAUGCUGGGCGCGAGCUGUCGUGGCUGGUCAAGGGGUCACAGAGGGACCGCUUCCUGAUCGAAGUCUUCUUACCCCCAGGGGACAUUCAGACGAUGUCUGUAACAUGGUUCAAGUUGCAAGACGCCGCGCCGCCUCUUCCAUCGCUGCCGACACCGCCCGCUCCGACUCCUCAGCCGAUGGUGCUCGACGAGCUGGGCAUAGAAGAGUGA